UAGACCUUAUUAUGUAUAUCUUUAUUUCUUAUUUUUUUGUGUGUGUUAGUAUAAAAGAACACAUUUGAGAUCUACAAAUAUUCAUUUUCCAAAAUAUUUAAUUCUACACAGACAUUUUUGUAUUUAAUUUUUAAAAGUAGCAUAUUACUGUCAGCAAUUUACUACUUUUUACAUUAAAACUUGAUCAAGGCUGUCUGAGAUCAGAAGGAAUGUCAGAACCAGAAGAACUGUGACAAGUUAUCCAACAUGCUUAGAACAACCUCCCUGCUGAUUGUCUUAGCCAACGCUGUCCUGCAGUUCUAUAUCUCAGAGAAGUGAUGUAGUUUUAACGGCGAAGGCUGGUCACAAAAAAUAUUGAUUUAAUUCAGUUUUUAACUAUUCUGCCAAAUUAUAAAAAUUUUAUGAGUAAUGUAUGGUACAUUCAUUUAGGACCUUUCAUUGAAUUCUUUUUGAAAUAAUCUUAUCUCUACAGAAUGUUAUAAAAGUGCCAAAGACUUUUGCACAGAACUAUAAAUUAUUGGGCUUUUUAAGUAAUGAGGAGCCGAAGUUGGUCUAAAAUCCAGAAACAGAUAUCACCCUGUCGCAUGCAGGCCUGUGUUUGUGUGAUAUUUAUGAGUAAAUCUCUACUCUGCUCUUGCUCUUCAGCCUGGCCUCCAUCCUGCUCCACACCUGCUGCAGCUAUGAGCAGAACGAGGAAGUUACUCCCACUCUCUCUGUUACGCAAUUUAUGAGAAACAAAACAAAAGUGUCAGUCAGUGUGAGCGUCAGUCAGUGUGAGCAGUGAAAUGGCUGAAGGUGGAAUUUUACUGGAUCAUGAACAGUUCAGCUGUGUGAUCUGUCUGGAUUUGCUGAAAGAUCCAGUGACUAUUCCCUGUGGACACAGUUACUGUCGGGGCUGUAUUAAGGGCUGCUGGAAUCAAGAUGAUCAUACUGGUGUCUACAGCUGUCCCCAGUGCAGAACGACCUUCACUCCCAGGCCUGUUCUGAGCAGAAACACUCUGCUGGCUGAAGUUGUUGAGAAACUGAAGAAGACAGGUCUCCAAGCUGCUCCUUCUGCUCUCUGUUACGCUGGACCUGGAGAUGUGGUGUGUGAUGUCUGCACUGGGAGAAAGCGCAAAGCCGUCAAGUCCUGUCUGGUUUGUUUAGCAUCUUACUGUGAAACUCACCUCAAACUUCACAAUGAGCUCAACCCAGGAAACACACAUAAUAUCAUCAAUGCUACUGGACAUCUGCAGGACAAUAUUUGCCCUCAACAUAAAAAACUGUUGGAGAUUUACUGUCGUACCGAUCAGCAGUGCAUCUGUCUGCUGUGUGUGAUCGAUGAACACAGAGGCCAUGAUAGUGUCUCAGCUGCAGUAGAAAGGACUGAGAAACAGAAGCAGCUGGGGGUGACACAGACUAAAUUCCAGCAGAGACUCCAGGAGAGAGAUAAGGAGCUGCAGGAUCUGAGACAGGCUGUGCAGUCACUCAAGCGCUCUGCACAGACAGCAGUGGAGGACAGUGAGAGGAUCUUUACUGAGAUGAUCCGCUCCAUUGAGAGAAGGUGCUCUGAGGUGAAAGAGCUGAUCAGAGAUCAGGAGAAGGCUGAAGUGAGUCGGGCUGAAGGACUCCUGGAGCGACUGGAGCAGGAGAUUGCUGAGCUGAGGAGGAGAGACGCUGAGCUGGAGCAGCUUUCACACACAGAGGAUCACAUCCAUUUCCUCCAGAGUUGUCAGUCUCUCUGUGUCUCCCCUGAACCUGGAGACUUACCCAGCAUCACUGGCAGUCCACACGUCUCUUUUGAGGCUGUGAGGAAAUCUGUCUCUGGACUGAAAGAUCGAUUUGAGGACGUCUGCAAGGUGGAACUGGCCAACAUUGCUGAAUCAGUGAAAGAAGCCCAUACUGUAGAGCCCAGGACCAAAGAGGAUUUCUUACAGUAUUCCUGUCAGCUCACAUUGGACCCCAACACAGUGAAUAAAUGCCUCCAUCUGUCUGAGGGGAACAGAGAGGUGACCUAUGUGAAUGGGAUCCAGUCAUAUCCUGAUCAUCCAGAGAGAUUUGAGGGAAAAGCCCAAGUGCUGUGCAGAGAGGGUGUGUCUGGAUGCUGUUACUGGGAGGCUGAGUGGAGUGGGAGUGGUCAGGUUGGUAUAGCAGUGUCAUAUAAACAGAUCAGCAGGAAAGGAAAUGGUCUGGACUGUGCACUGGGAUUUAAUGACAAGUCCUGGAGACUGGCCUGCUCUCCCUCCAGAUACUCUUUCUGGCACAAUAAAAAGGACACUGAAAUCCCUUUUUCACCCUCCUCCAGAAUUGGAGUGUACCUGGAUCACAGGGCAGGAACUCUGUCCUUCUACAGUGUCUCUGACACCAUGACCCUCCUGCACAGAGUCCAGACCACAUUCACUCAGCCCCUCUAUCCUGGGUUUUGGUUUUCUCGUGGAUCCUCUGUAAAACUGUGUGAUCUGGUAUGAGGGGGAGAAAUUCAUAUUCAGCAGUCAUCAAAUCAAAAAGGGAAAUU